UCUCCUCUUUCCAUUUACAAAAAGACUUGUAAGCCUCCCUCUCUCUUUGUCUCCCCUCUUUUUAGCUGUACAUACAUAUAUGGCGACAGAUACAUCCUCUUUGAAACUCUUUGGGAUAAACCUUCUUGAAACAACCUCGGAUCCGGAUCAAUCGCCCGAACCAAGAUCCGAACCUGAACCUGAAUCACGUAAGUACGAGUGUCAAUACUGUUGCAGGGAGUUUGCAAAUUCUCAAGCUCUUGGUGGUCAUCAAAACGCUCACAAAAAAGAGCGUCAGCUUCUUAAACGUGCACAGAUGCUAGCCGCUCGUGGUCUGCCACGUCACAACAACUAUCACCCUCACGAGAACCCGCUUCUCUCCGCCUUUGCGCCGCUGCCUCACUUCCUUUCUCCGCCGCAUAUGAUGCUCUCUCCUUCUUCCUCGACUUCUAAGUGGCUCUACGGUGAGCAUGUGCCGUCACAAAAGGUCGUUGGUCCUAUGUAUUUUCACGGUGGAUCCGGUAGAAGGGGAUUUUAUGGCGGUGGGAUGGAGACUAUGGCCGGAGAUGUUAGGGCUCACGGUGGAUCUUUGCCGGAGAUGAGGAGGUUUGCCGGAGAGAAUGAUCGUAUUAGCGAAGUCAAGUUAGAUAAUGGUAUCGGCCUAAACCUCCAUUUAAGUCUUGGGCCAUAAUUGAAUUUUAAGUUGGCCCAAACUUGUGAAAUACUACUCGGAUUUUAUUUUUAUAGAGUAAAUUUUCUGUGGUAAAUUUUUUUUUCCUUACUUUACAAGAUCACCUGUUCUGUGUAUGUGUUUGCUUUCACUUUUUUAUUCAUCUUGUAAAAAUGCUAUGUGAAUGUCUUAUUAUUCUGUCAAUUUUAGUUCAAUUAU